CCUUCAUUUAGAACAUAUUAUCGUUUUCUUCUUACUCUUUAGCUACUUAUUCCUAUCUCUUUCUUAUAACAUAUUUCUUUUAAUUUUCCCAAUAUUUUUCUACGUACCACUUUUGUUUCUUUGGUUCUUCAAAUUACAAGAUCUCAAUAACGGAAAUUUCUUUAAUCUCCAACUGAAUUUUGAGGUCUAAAGAGCAAUGCACUGUUAUUAUUGAGUCAUAAUCAACUGCUGAAAAAGAAUAGCAAAGAAAUGGUGACCAUAAAGAAUUUCUUCAAGAAAGCUUCUUCAGAUGAAAACAAAGAAAAACUGCUAGCACAUGAUGAUGAAAGAAAAGGCUGCUGCAAUUGUUUCAGUCCAUUGAAUGAUAGGUUUACUAGUUUUUUCAACAAUUUACAAGAUUUUGCUAAGAAAGCAAUCGAGAUGGGUCGCAAUGAUCCUCGAAAAAUUAUUUUUUCCUUAAAGAUGGGAUUUGCAUUAUCUUUUGUGUCUCUUCUCAUCUUUUGGAAGAAACCUAAUGAUAUUGCUCAGUUUGCAAUAUGGGCAAUCUUAACAGUUCUUGUUAUGUUUGAGUUCAGCAUAGGAGCAACCUUAAUUAAAGGAUUUAAUCGUGGUUUGGGGACAUUUUGUGCUGGAAUGCUUGCCUUCAUCUUUGCUCAAUUAGCAUUGUGGGCUGGAGAAAGGGAAAGAGUUGUAAUUGUUGUGAGCAUUUUUAUCGUAGCAUUUUUUGGAUCAUACUUGAAGCUAUACCCAACAAUGGCACCAUAUGAAUAUGGAUAUCGAGUAUUUAUCUUGACGUAUUGUAUCCUAAUUGUGGCUGGAAACAGGACUAGAGAGUAUAAUGUGGCAAUUUGUACUCGUUUGGCUUUGAUUGCUCUUGGUGCUGGUAUUUGCUUGUUGAUUAAUAUCAGUAUUUACCCCAUCUGGUCUGGUGAAGAUUUACAUCGUUUGGUGGUUAAGAAUUUCAUGGAUCUUGCAAAUUCUCUGGAAGGUUGUAUCAAUGGGUACUUAAGUUGUGUUGAGCAUGAUAGAGAUGCAAAUGACUCAGAAUACAAUGGCUACAAAUCUGUCAUAGAAUCCACAGGUCGAGAGCAAACAUUGCUUGGAUUUGCUAUUUGGGAGCCACCUCAUGGGCGUUAUAGAAUGCACAAGAAUCUGUGGAGAGACUUUGUCAAAUUAAGCAGUGCAUUGAGGCAUUGUGCAUUCAUGGUCAUGGCAUUGCAUGGAUGUAUCCAAUCAGAAAUCCAGGCACCACCAGAGAAGAGGAAGGUAUUCCGUAAUGAGCUAAAAAGGGUUGGUGCAAAUGCUGCAAAAGUUCUACGUGAGCUAGGAACAAAGUUAGACAAAUUGGAAAUGCUAGAUAGUCAUGAAAAUAUUCUAAAAGAAGUGCAUGAGACAGCUCAACAUCUGCAGAAAAAAAUAGACCACAAAUCAUAUAUUUUGGUCAAUUCCAAGAGUUGGGAAAUUGGAAAACCAAACAUUAAUCAUGAAGAUUCUUCAAGUGAAAAUGGUAGUGAAAAUUUGCCAUUAAGUUCUCGAUCUCGAUCACUAAGUGAAACAGCCAUUGAUAUAAGUUCAUUACAAGCAAAUUGGCCACAAUUGGCAAAAGAAUCGUCUGAAUUUACAAAGUCAUCAUUUAGAAAGCAAAAUCAAUGGCCUUCACGUCUUUCACUUGCUGAUGGUGAUAUUGCUGAUACGUGUGAAAUGGAAACUUACUUAAGUGCAAGUUCUUUGUCUUUGGCUACUUUUGCUUCACUACUUAUUGAAUUUGUUGCAAGGCUUCAGAAUGUGGUUGACAACUUUGAAGAAUUAAGUCAAAGGGCAGAGUUUAAAGAGCCAGAUGUUAUCAUCCCACCUAGUGCAAUAAAGAGUUAGGGCUCGUUUGGUACUGAGGGAUAAAGAAUAAUUAAGUUCGAGAUAACUUGUUUCCAACCAAACCAUGUUGAUGUGAUUUACUUCAAGUUGUGAGUUUUUUGAAGAUUCAGUUUUUGUGAAAUGAAAAGGUAAAAGAUAGUCAUUUGUUUGUUGUGUGACGAGGAAAAGAAAUAGGAAAAUGAACAUUUGUAUAUUGGUGUAUGGAUAUCUCUUGUAUCAUGAAUAGAUUGGGGUGUUCGUCGGUCA